AAUAGUAAGUAAUUUGGGCGCUGUAAACAAGAUGGCGAGUUAGAACCAAUGUGCAUCAUGAUUUAUUUAUUUAUUUAAUAUUUUAAACGUAUAUAACAAUGUCAUCCAUAAAACUUACAGGGAAUUGCAGAUCGACGGCUAUAAAUUUUCUUAGAAUACGUGAUGGAUUAAAUUUGCAAUUUGUACGGUUUAGAAAACCACGAUUUGUUCCAAAAGCAAAAACCAAAAUUUUCAAAGUAAGAAAGCCAACACCUAUAGACCCAGUUGAAUAUAAACAAUUGAAAACAUGGCAGACGCAUUACAAUACUGAAAUGAAAUCUAUAAUGUCCUUUUUCCGCAAGCACUGCUUUUUAAUUGAAGAAAGAAAUCAGGAAGCAGCGAAGCUUGCACCUUUUGCUGAACGGUUUGCUGCCAUCUGUAACAAAAAUGACAAAUGGAAUAAUGCAACGGCUGUUCUACGGGAGGCAGAAUGGAAUCAGAAGGAAGCAAUGCUGUCUGAGCGUAUGCAGCGACUGGUGGAACAGGAAGAAUAUGAGAGGCUGGAAAUGAAGGAAAGAGCUAAAGUGAAAGUACAGAAAGUGCAGGAGGAUUUAGAUGAGUACAUCACAGAAGAAAAUUUGGAUUCAAAGCUGGACAGUUUGUUAGACAAUAUAGUUACUUAUGACUAUGCUCUCUACCUGGAUGGUACCAGGAAAGAGGCGAGCAGUGUCGAUGAAAGGCCUGCGAAACAAUCAUCCAGCUUGUGAUGUACAGAUAUGGUGGAGAUGAGGAUUUUGAGGAUGAAACAAGUUUUUUUAAUAAAAGGAAAAAAUGUUAUUAAAUUGCCUGGAUUAUGUUUUAUGCCCGUCCAAAGUUGAGGGCAUUAGGCAUUGCACUUGUCUGCCCAUAGCUUUGUUUCCCUGUUUGUAAGUUUGAGUGCAUAUUUUUAGCUGUGACCAAAUAUGGUGGAAUAUUGGCCAAAAGACAUCUCUUCGUGCUAAAGACACAAUUUUGGAAUUUAUCUUUGUUCACUGGAAACAUCUUUAAUGGCUGGGUUGAUUUGCCUCAAACGUAACAAUAUCAAGUGUCUCUGUCUAUAUGUAAUUGUAGAUGUUCAAACUUAAAAUUUAAAUCUUUUAAAUCUACCUAUUGAACUGUUAAAAGGUCUCUAUAUCCACCUGUUGGCAUCUGAUGCCAUUGUCAACAAUAAUUUAAUUAGUAGGAAUAAAGACUAUCAUGGUUCUCUUAAAAAAACACAACUGGUAGUUGUUACUUGGUAUCUAUGCAUGUUUAUUGUAAUUUUAUUUAGAAUAUGUUGAAUGAAAGAAAAAAAAUUAGCAUGGCAAAUGUGAA